CAUGGGAAUUUGCAACGCCCCGGCAACGUUUCAGCGGGCCAUGAAUAUGGCCUUCGCUGAGUUCGUUAACAAAACCCGACUAACCCAUCCCCUGAUCAAUUUCUGUGUGAUUGUGUAUAUGGAUGAUAUUUUGGUCUUUUCAAAAACACACGAGUACCACGUGGAACACAUGGAGUGGGUUUUGCAUGCACUGAAAGAUGCCGGGUUCAAGGUGGCCUUGGAGAAAAGCGAGUUCUUCUUAUCGGAGAUCUCAUUCUUGGGGUAUAUCGACACGGUCGAUGGACUAAAACCGGAUCCGAGGAAGGUGGCCGCAGUUCAAGACACCCCGGCGCCGGUCACACUCACCCAGGUUCGGGCUUUUCUAGGGCUGGCAUCCUAUUACCGACGCUUCAUCAAGGGGUUCGCCGGUAUAGCGAAGCCCCUCACGAACCUGCUGAAGAGAGAGGAACAACUGAUCUGGACGCUGGAAUGCGAAGCGGCGUUUCAGGCGCUGAAGGAGGCUCUGACAUCGGCUCCUGUGUUGGUGCGUCCCGACCUGGCAAGACCGUUCGCACUGCACACAGAUUGGCAGCCUCAGGCGAUAUCGACGGUGCAGACUCAACACGGGAAGGACGGAAGGGAGCACGUCGUUGAGUAUGCGUCCAAGACACUGAGCCAGGCGCAGGCUAAUUACGAAGCAUGCAAAGGUGAAUGCCUGGCGGUGGUGUGGGGGAUACAGCACUUCCGACCGUAUCUGUACGACCAGAAAUUCGUGUUGGUAACGGAUCAUCAGUCGCUGCUGUCCCUACGCAACAACACGGACUACAUGGGGACGCUGGGCAGGUGGGCGGUGCGUUUGCAAGACUAUGACUUCGACAUCCGCCAUCGCGCUACGCGGCAGUAUGGUAACGCCGAUGGAUUAACGCGCCUUCUGCCGCCCAACAAGUGCCCCGCCAACGAGCGACUCAUUCCGUGGAGACCAGAGUCGCGGCGACGAAACCGCACUACGGAGAGCUACACGUGUUGCCUCACGGCGGGCCCUUACCCCAUGCGCGAGUUCUCGGAGUACUUGGUGGAGCUAACUGACGUGGAGCCGCUGCCCUUCGCCAACGAGGACGCGUGGGAGUUGCACUGGGCGCAGUACAAGUCGGUGGCGCUGGGGAUGUUCUGGUUCUUCGUGGAUCACGAAGACCACACUACCGGUGAGCACUUCGUCGUUUACUACGUCAUCACGCGACCCAAGCCAGCGGAGAAGGAAGGGACGGUCGUGCUGUACCCAUUCGCCCAGCUCCAGACGAUCGAUCCGCGAUUUUUGGAGCUCAUACAUCUUGAGCUCCUCUCCAUCGCACAAGUGAUCGCGAGCGAGGAAGAGGAGAUCCAACCGCGAUUGUGGACGGUGACGGCCCCCCGAAGAAUGUACAACGCGGUCGUCAUCCCGGACUACAUUGCGCAGCGCGCGGAGAGACUGGAGGACUUCCCGGAGGAAAGGUCGUUGCGUCCUCCCUCAUCGUACUCUCGGCCAGCGCCACCAAAGGCCCCCAAGAAGACGCCGAAGAGGAAGAGACGCCACCCGUCGCCAGGAGUGCAAGGCAGCAGGAUCGACGGCGGCGAGGAGGUGAUUCAGCCCGCGCGCGCGGCGACGCUCAUUAAGGAGACUAUCGUGCCAUCGCCGCCCAUUCUGCGUGUGCCCGACCUCAAUCUUGAUGGAGUCGGGCCAUCACCAGCAGCAGUAGCCGGAGGAGGAAGCCGAAUGGGAUUUCUCGAUCCCAUAUCCAGACCCCCCGUCCUCGCGGGACCUCUCCCGCGAUUGGCGGGGACGCUCAUCUACGAGAUGGGGCAGCGUCCCAAUGCGGUGUACCACUUCCUGGUCUUCGCGGCGCAGAAGCGGGAGCGGCGGCCUUAUACCGAGACGCAUGUGGUGAUGACGGGUCGAGGGCCCCGAUCGGUGCGCAAGCAGGUGGUGCGAGCGGUCGCGGAUCUGGCGCCACGAGUCCUCUCUCAUGUGCCUGGGGCUUUCCUUUACCCCUCAUUCGUCCAACAUCAUUUCCAGGAGGAAGAUGGGUCGACGACUCCUGCGGCAAUGGCCACCUUUCUUCCACCUAUUCCGCCCCCUCUCAAUCCCGACAUAGAUCACUUCAUUUGAUCACGGUAGAUCACCUUCGUCUACCUAUCCCCCGUC